AAAAGAUCAACUUUUGGCAAUUAUUGUGGUGUACAUUUGGUGUAUAUUUUGGCGCCAUUUUUGUUUGGAUGGAUCAGUAGCGAAAUUGCGUCAACAUGGCCAAGAGAGCUGCACCCAAGCAGAGCUCCAUCAUUGUGUGUCAUUGUCAGGUCGUUCUUCGGCGCGGGGGCGUCGCCUCCAGCCAAGAAGCGAAAACCUGCAGAAAACGAUGCGGUGAAACCCGCAGAGUCUCCUGUUACACCGGCAAAAAAGCCAAAAGUGGAGAAAGAAGAGAAGAUAGAGGUUGUAGAUGUUGUUGAAGAAGAACAACAACAAGACGAGGAGGAUAAGCAGGUGGAGGAAGAGCCGGAGAACGUUGAAAUGCAGGAAGAAGAAGACGUUGAGAUGCAGGAAGACGACGACGACGAGGUUAAGAGCAAACCUAAGCGUACGUAGCUGCAGUAAAGGACACAGUGUUUUUCCAUGGACUUAUGUUGCUGUUGUUUUUGCUGCAGCUGGCCGACGUCGUCUGCGUCAACGCGUCGUGGACGAAGAAGACGAGGACAGCGACUUGGAUCUGCCCAUGAGCUCUGAAAAGAAGGAGAAAAAGCAGGAGGUGAUCGACAUAACGUCGCCGACGUCGACUCCUGAGAAGUCUAAGAAGAAAGAGGGAAAGAAAGCUAUGACUCCCGUGAAGACUGUCAAGAGUCCGAAGAAGGAGGUAAAGAAUCCCAAGAGCACUAAAAAGGAGGAGGAAGACGUUGAAGUGGUUGGAGAAAGUAAAAAAGUUGAAGAAACUAAGCCGAAGGAGACCAAAAAAAACGAGAUCAAGAAGGAAACUGCGUCUGCAUCCAAGACGAGCUUCUUCACUCCUGUUGCCAACAAGAAGAACAAGCUCACGUCGACGCCGUCUGAUGACAAAAAAGUUUGCAAGAUCAAGAGCGAGUCAGUUACAACAGACUCAAAAGAAACACAAGCAGACGGUGAUGAGCCUCGCGAGACCCCAUACUUCGAGCUGGCGCACUUGUUCGCCAAGAUCGAAGAAAUCACAGGACGUCUCGUUAUUCAAGACCUACUCACAGCCUUCUUCCGUGACGUCAUUCGUCGCUCUCCAGACGAUCUGCUCGCAUGUAUCUAUCUGUGCGUCUGUGUGGACCUGGCGCCGCCUUUCGAGAACUUGAAGAUCGGAAUUGGCGAUGCCAUCCUCAUGAAAGCUAUUGGCGAGGCUACCGGCGCAAACCUCAAGUUUAUUAAGGAGAUGUAUCACAAGGAAGGAGAUCUCGGUAAGGUGGCGCAGAAUGCGCGGUCCAAGCAGAAGACUCUGUCGUUCACGUCGCUUAAACCCGCGACGUCUAACGGCAGCGGACUCACCGUGCAACACGUGUACAACCAGUUCGUCAAGAUUGCCAAGAUGACUGGAAACAACUCGCAGCAACAGAAAUGCUCCAUUAUCAAGGGAUUACUAGUUAAGUGCGAGAAGGAGAAGAAAGACAAGGGCGCGCAGACAGCUGCUGAGGGGGCCAAGUACAUUAUCCGUGGACUUCAAGGCAAGCUGCGUAUUGGACUAGCAGAAAAAUCGAUCCUGAUGGGGUUGACCUACGCGUUCAUGGCGGACAAGGAGUACAAGGACAAGGACAAACAACAGGAGGCGCUUACCUUUGUCAAGAAGGCGUUUGCUGAGUGUCCCAGCUAUAACGCGUUGGUUGCUGCCUUUUACGAAGUCCAGAAGGAGAUUUCCAGCGCUCCAUUUCUUCGAGUCAAGGAUUUCGCCAAGGUGGCCGAGAAGUGUGUGUUGACUCCAGGCACUCCAGUGUCUCCCAUGCUUGCGCGUCCAACGAAGGCGUACGCGAUGGUGUUCGAUCGCUUCGAAGGGAAACCAUUCACUUGCGAGUACAAAUAUGACGGCGAACGUGCGCAGAUUCACAUCCUGCCGAACGGAGAAAUAGCCAUUUUCUCACGCAACUUCGAGAAUUCUACCGAGCGAUUCCCCGAUGUUAAGCUAGCAAUCACGAACGCUGCUAAGAAAGGCGUCGUUGAUAGCUGUAUUGUUGAUGCAGAAGUGGUUGCCGUGGAUCGAGUCACUAACAAACGUCUGCCGUUUCAGAUCCUAAGUACACGCUCUCGAAAGGUACUUUCGCUGUAUAUUUUUUUCUAUGCAUUUUUGUAUUUAACGUAUAAUUGCUGUAAUGUUGUGACAGAAUGUGAAAGUGGAGGAUAUCAAGGUUCCUGUGUGUAUCUACGCGUUCGACCUGCUGUUCCUGAGUGGCGAAUCGUUCCUUGGUACUCCGCUGGCCAAGCGUCGUGAAAAACUCCGUGAGAUGUUCGACGUAAAGCCUGGUAUCUUUGAAUUUGCUACGUCAUUGGACGUCGAGGAUGGCGUGGAUGUCAAGGAUAACCCAGAGGCGAUGGAAGAAGCAGUGGAUAAAGUUCGCAAUUUCUUGGAAGAGGCUGUGCGUGAGAACUGUGAAGGUUUGAUGGUGAAAACGCUGGAGAAGGAGGCGACGUAUGAGCCAGCUAACCGCUCGCACAAGUGGCUGAAACUCAAGAAGGAUUACCUUGAUGGUAUUGGUGACUCGGCUGACCUGGUCCCCAUCGGUGCGUUCUAUGGUCGUGGCAAACGUACGGGCGUCUAUGGUGCGUAUUUGUUGGCUUGCUAUGACCCAGACACGGAGAUGUACCAGCCAAUUACGAAGCUGGGUACUGGGCUGUCGGAUGAAGUGCUUAAGCAGUUCUACGAGCAGCUCAAGGAGAAGGUUGUGGACAAGCCUCCUAGUGACUAUGCGAUCGGCGAUGGAAUCAAGCCGGACGUUUGGUUCGAGGCGAGUUGUGUAUGGGAGAUUUUAGGUGCAGACCUGUCGAUCUCGCCCAAGUACACGGCUGCGAUCGGUUUGGUGGCCAAGGACAAGGGCAUCUCACUGCGUUUCCCGCGCUUUAUUCGCAUACGUGACGACAAGGAAACGACGCAGGCCACCAACUCUUCUCAGGUGCGACGAGAUAUUAUAUUGUUGUUUUGACAGAUAACUAAGCGUGAUGUUGUUGAGUGUAGAUUGCCGAUCUGUAUCGCGCCCAGGGCCUCACGACUGUGACCAACGGCGAAGAGGAAGAGGACGACGACAUGCUGAUCUAGGUACAAAUGGAACUAAUUGGCACUGGUAAACCUAAACUUUUCUCAUCAAAAUCUAGCUCUAGAGUUUGUGUAUUGUGUCAUGUGCUCAACAUUUUUAAGCAGAGUUUCUAACGAAACGCAUUCAAGAAAC